UAUCCCCUCCCUUUUUAAAAAAAUUAGCGUGUAACCGCUCGUGCACUUUUCGGAACUGCUCGUCGCGAAACUGGAUUAGGUUACGGUAGCUCUUCGCAAAACCUCGGAGUUCAGGAAUGCUGAAGAAAUAUGAGUGAACGUUCCUGCAGUAUCGUUACAAACGGUCAUAACACUGACAUAAUUUUAAGACCCUACAGCAAUCGCACGCUGCUGAUCGUAACGCACUUCAAAAAGCUCGGGACGUUUGUGACGGUCAAUCGCGAAUCCGCUGUGAACGGCUACAAUAGCGAUGUAUUCACGAUAAAGACAGUUUUUGGCAGCGACAACAAUGACGUUCACCUAGCCGCCAGAUACAUAGCGCAACAGAUUAACAUUGAGAAAGAAUUGCUGCUAUCGAUAGCGCUGAAAGAUUAUGACCUGGCGAUCUUGAAGUCCAUUGUCGUGGCUGUGAAUCAGAUAAAGUCAUGGUAAUGUAAUGCUAAUCGAGUCGCCAUGAGCUUAAUCUUCGGUCAACUUGUCAUCGGCCCACCCGGCAGUGGGAAAACAACAUAUUGCAACGCAAUGUCCAAAUUCUUGGAGUCCGUUGGGAGAAAGGUGGCCGUCGUUAAUAUCGAUCCAGCGAACGAAAAUAUGGAGUACACCCCGGCGGCAGAUAUAUCCGAAUUAAUUAAACACGAAGAGGUCAUGGAGCACCUCGGACUUGGGCCGAACGGAGCUUUAGUUUACUGUAUGGAAUUCUUAGAAGCCAACAUCCAGUGGCUUGUCUCAAAAGUUCUGAAUUUGAAAGAUCACUAUUUCAUUUUCGAUUGUCCCGGUCAAGUCGAGUUGUAUACGCAUCAUAAAUCGGUGAAGCAGAUAGCGGAGAAGUUGAGUCAGAAUCUAGUGAAAUUAUGCAGCGUGCAUCUCGUGGACUCGCAUCAUUGCAGUGAUCCUGGAAAAUACCUGGCCUCUUUAAAUAUGUGCACAAUGGUGAUGUUACAAAUAGGCUUGCCUCACGUAAAUAUCAUGACAAAGUUCGACGAGAUGAAAAAGUUCAGCGAUCGGCUAGCGUUCAAUACUGACUUUUACACCGAAGUAUUGGAUUUGAAGUAUCUGUUGGAGCAGUUGGACGAAAAUCCCUUCACUGCAAAGUACAAAAAACUUAAUGCUGCUCUAGUGUCAAUAAUCGAAGAUUACAGUCUCGUUAGUUUCAUACCGUUGGACGUUACCAACAAAGCAUUGUUGCUACGAGUGAAGAACGCGGUGGAUAAAGCCAAUGGGUAUAUUUUUGGUGGUAACGAACCGCGAGACAUUCAAACGUUACUCGCGUGUGCGGUAGAGGCGGUCAGUGAAACCGAAAAGAUGUCAAUGUUCGAUGAAUAUUUAUGAACAUCCUCACUUUAGAGUAACUCUAAGUACAUCCACAUUUGCUUCUAUGUAAGAAUAUCUGGAUGUUUUAUUAUGUUUAUAAAUAAUAAAUGCCGCGUAAUACUCUUAUUA